AAAAGCAGACGAUUUUCGUUGCCCUUGAUUAGCCAAUUUUGUGCAUGAACCGACUACUUUUUUUCUUCACAGUAAUCAUUAGUGUUAAACGUAAAGUAACCGUGUAAGAAAACUACGUAGUUUCAACUUAAUAAUGGCAACUAUUGAAGAACUUGACGAGCUUAGUGUGGAGAUUAUAAAUAGUAUAAAUGGCGAAGAAGAAGAGGAAUCCAAAGAAAACGCUCCCAGUCCGGCACGUGUUGAUGAACGACGAAACUCUGAAUCGGGUGAUGCCUCAGUCGUUGCCGUGUCGUCAUCGAAAGCAGUAGAGAACGAAGAUUCAGACGACGAUGAUGAGGAUUUUGAUGAAACAGUGCUUGAAAGAUUGGUUGGGCUGACAGAAAUGUUUCCAACAUUUGUACAAGUUGGAACUGCAAAACUUGUUCGUGGCACAUUUUCAUCUGUGAAAGGUCUAUACUCCUUUGCCCGUUCAGCAUCUUGGAUUCUGUUCAGCACAUCUGCCAUUCUCUUUGCACCAGUUAUAUUUGAAGUUGAAAGAGCACAAAUGGAGGAAAUGCAAAAACAGCAGCAACGACAGAUUUUAUUGGGACCUGGUGCUGCAAUGUCAGUUGGUGGUCAGCAUGCAGGAAUGGGAGGACCAGGAAUGGGAUUGGCCCCAGCACCUCCACGUUAAGAUCUCGUCAGCUUCUUCAUUCGCCGUAGUCUUUUUUUUUUAUGUAACCGGUCCGAUAAAUUACAACUACUGACAUUUAA